AUGUCGGAAUCUGGCACUUUCAAGGUCAAGCACCUUGGACACGACGACGUCUUUGAGAGACAUGAUAUUUUGAUCAACCCUGGACUAUCGCAUACCCUCCAUACCGACGCUUUUAUUGAUCCUGAUCUCAUCACUUUCCAUCGGUUCUUUCCAGAAUCGAAGACUACUCCUUUGAUAGAGCUUCCUGAAGUGGCUCAAGAAUUGGGUAUUGGCCACGUAUAUGUCAAAGACGAGAGCCUUCGAUUUGGCCUACCAUCGUUCAAGAUUUUAGGCGCAUCUUGGGGAAUCUUUAGAGCAGUAUGUGAGAAAACAGGUCUUCCAUCAUCCGCAUCGCUUGAAGAAGCUGGACAGGCGGCUCGAAAUGCAGGUAUCAAGCUAGUCUCUUGCACCGACGGCAAUUGGGGAAGAGCAGUAUCGCGUACUGCCAAAUACAUGGGCAUCAAAGUCACUAUCUUCGUUCCUCGGACUAUGGACGAAGCAACCCGCGCGAAAUUACGGAAUGAGGGCGCUAGUGUUAAUGUUGUCAACGGCAGUUAUGACGAUAGUAUCGCUGCUACCAUGAAGGAGUCUGAAAGGUCUGGAGCUAUGCUCGUGAUGGACACUAGCUGGGAGGGAUAUAUCCAGAUACCGCGGUGGGUUGUCGACGGGUAUGCUACAAUGCACGCGGAGGUAGAUCGCCAGCUUGAGGAGGCAUGUGGGAAAAGACCAUCGCUUUGCAUCGCUUCCGUUGGCGUUGGUUCGUGGGCCCAGUCUGUCGUUUCUCACUAUACGGGGAGCGAUCCAAGAACGAAGGUUGUUACCGUCGAGUCGGAAGCAGCGCCAUGUCUGAUGGAGAGUCUACUUAAUGGAGAGAUUGUUCCAGUUGAGACAAGCUCGACGAUCAUGGAUGGCAUGGACUGCGGUACUGUUUCCACUAAUUGCUGGCCAUCCUUAAAGUCAGGUGUUCAUGCUUCAGUGAUCGUCAACGACUUUGAAGCACAUAAUGAUGUUCUAUAUCUGCAGGACCAUGGUGUUAAUGCGGGACCUUGUGGAGCAGCUCCGUUGGCAGCCUUGAGGAAACUGUACAAAAGAGGUAAACUGCAGGAAGAUCGCGAUGCAGUGGUUGUCCUGUUCAGCACUGAAGGCCAUAGAGAGUAUGUCUUACCUGCUUCGGAGUAG